AAACUUCAGACGAUGCCGCCUAAAAUUUGUCUGCUUGCGCUCAUUGGUCUGCCGGGAGCGGGAAAGUCCGCGCUCAGUAACUGGCUCUUAAGUAAGCAGCAGGGUGCUCUGAAUGAAUGUCAAAUUGUUCACCUGUGCUAUGACGACUACAUCAACACCCGAGCUGAAUUGACCUAUAGGGAGCAGCGCAUAAUUGUUAUAAACAUUUUGGAACAACUAAUAGCUUAUAUCCAAGGUGCCGCAGACUGGCCACCACAAGUUCGCCGACUGACAAACAAUAGCAGCAGCUGUGACUACCUUAUCUUGUGUGACGACAACUUUUACUACCGCAGCAUGCGCUAUAAGCUAUAUCAGCUGUGCCGCACCUAUGGCUGCAUCUAUUCCCAGAUUUACAUCGCGACCCCAUUGGCUUGCUGCCUUCAAGCGAAUUCAGCGCGGGGAGCAGAUUGCGUGCCCGAACUAGUUGUGCGUAAAAUGAACGACCGCCUUGAGCCACCAGGUCAUGAGGCUUGGGAGUGCAGUAGCCUUACACUUCGAAAUUCUGACACUGAAUCCGUGUCACAUUUGAUUUUAACAUUCAUCAGUUCAUUAUUCCAUUUGUCCACGAUUCUGACCCCUCGAACCCCUUCUCCCACGCAAACACAGAUAAGGUCCCAAGCCCAUUGUUUAGAUUUGGCCUUGCGGGCAAGCAUAAAAGUGCAGCUACAGACUCUGGUCGAGGCAGAAGCUAAGAAAUUGAUCAGUAUGAAAUUAAAUGAGAAACGAAAAGAGAUAUUAACACAAUUUCGGGCUAAAAUGAGCGGCAAGCAGACAGAUGCCAAUGGUGCGAAUUUGAAUUACUAUUUAAAUCUGUUGAAAUAGUUUAAGAUAAAUUAAUUCUGGUUGUGUGGCACACGUUGACAUAGAAAUAAAUAAUUUUUUUUGUA